AGACGAAGUGACGUUACACAGAUAGUAGCUAGUUGCUAAUUAGCAUUAAGCAAGUUGAAAAAAAGUCGGCAAACAAGCCUGAGGGAAUACAUGUCAUGGCCUCUGCAUCUCCAUCUCCGAGUGACUCUCUACUGAACCCCCCUGGUCAAAGCAGGGAAAAUAAUUCCAGAGAGCGGCGGCACAAGCUCCUUAAACUACAGAACGUCGAUGUUCCAGACAUACAGUCCUUGCUGAAUAGGAAGGUAAAACGGAAAGAGCCCAGCCUCAAACACUUACAAGCCCGUCAGCAGAUGUAUUUCCCGGGCUGGGACACUCGGUCGCCUUCAUCUCAACAAACAGAGCCGCCACACAGGCAGCGUCAAAAACCACCUGUCCACCUACCUCCUCUGGAAUCCACGACCAAGGCAAAUCCAGGCGGGUACACUCAGUCACCUUCAUCUCGACCAACCAUGCAGCCACUUGAAAAUAAACAACCUGUCAACCUACCUCCACUGCAAUACAGGAACAAGUUGUUUAAGAAUGUGCCAACCCCAGGUCACCCCAAAAGACCGCUGGACACAGUUGAAGUCUAUGAGCACAGUAAGGAUGACUAUUUGAUGGUAACCCAUAAAGGUGUGGUAUCAGUGUAUAAGGAGGACUAUGACUUCAUAACCCAUGAGCGCUGGGAAGAGGAGUACGAGUACCACUGCGAGCUGAGCCGCAUCCCCUUCUUUGCCCUCUUCAAAAAGUUGAAACCUUCCAUGUCUGGCGCUCCACAGUUCGCAGGGAGAAGAUUCAUUUGA